AUGGUUAUCUGGAUGGUCGCCAGUGGCAUUGCUGCGACGUACGUCUUUUUCUGGGCGCUCUUGCAUCUGCCUCAGGACCAGAGCGAACGUCAAUUGGUCUCAACUCGUAUUCUAUUCAUCAGUCCCUUACUCGGCAUGAUACAAUGGAGCAUGGACUGCUAUUCAUUUAUGAGGAAACGGUAUCGGGACUUGCCCAUAUACACUAUGAGGAUUCCCGGCUCCCGACUAUACGUCGUCAACUCCCUAGAUCUGAUACCCGUUGUCCAGCGCCAUUGGCGCACUCUGAUAUUUGCACCUGUUCAGAUCAAGGCAGCACAGGCAGCUAUGGGUGUAAGCAAACGCACGAUCGCAGUCAUGGAACGUGACAUGGUCACCGAAGCUGGGUUCGUCAACGGCAUGAUCAAGACUACUCAUCCUACGGUGAGCAACGGCCCCGGGCUAGACGCUUUAAACGCCAAGGCGUUCGAAGUCUUCGACAACAUUUUAAGAGAGUUAAAUACGCCAACGACAGUUUCCCUAUUCAAAUGGAUUGAUCAACAAAUCAUGCGUGCUACUACGGAUGCCGUAUAUGGACCGCAAAAUCCGAUGUGUGAUGAUACCAAUCUUGAUGCUUGGCACAACUGCCAUCCUGCUAUCAUGUUUCUCAUGCUGGACAUAUUACCAUCAACCAUCUCCUUCAAGUCAGCGACCCGGGUUCGCGAGCAUCUUAUCAAGAGCUUCUCCAAAUAUUACGAAGGCGGCAGUUUUCAUGCAAGGAAGCAAUGCAAUUGCUACGAUACUGCACCACCGAUUGAUGUUUGCAGGGAAGGAAUAAGAGACAGUGCGAUUCAGGGCCUAUCGCAUAUACUUGGAUAG